UUUUUUAGGUACUCUGUUGUUUUUUUUUUUGCUCUGUUGAUUAUUGCAUUGCCUAAAAUGUUCACAUUUUCAAGAACAAGAAGAAAAUCAAAACUAAAUUUUCAUCAAAAACUAAUAUUUCUUAAUGUGAUUCUCUUAUUUUUCUUAUCUUCUUCUUGUUUCUCAUUACCUUGUGAUGAUAUUCGUUGCAAAACCAAAUCUUGCAAUGAGAAUGGAACUUGUAUUUGCAAUUUGCCAGAUCCAUCGACAAUUCUGAAUGGAGAUCGACAAUUUCUUGGGGGGAAAUUUUGUGAUGAAGAAGUAACAAUGUGUGAUGGAACAAAUUCAUUUUGGUGUGGAAAUGGUGGAAUAUGUAAUGAGUUGAUUCAUGGUGAAAAGUAUACAUGUAAAUGUGGUCCUAGUUACAUUGGUGAACAUUGUGAGUACAGAGGAGCUCCUUGUGGGAAGAUCUAUUGUUUUCAUCUAGCUCAAUGUUUGUUUGAGGUUGAAGGUGAUGUUUGUGAUUGUCCCCCAAAUUGGAAAGGAAGUGUUGAUUGUUCAUUACCUACUGCGACUCCUAAAGACAAUGUUACUACAUCUACAACUAUUCCAAGGUUGCCAAGGGAAGAGGAUAGUCAUAGUUCGAAGUGGCUUGUAUUGUUGUUCGUCAUUUCCUUUGCUUCAGGAGCAGCUGCAGGAGCUGUUAUCUAUCUAAAGAAAUUUUUCCAUAAGAACGAUAGAGAUACAGGGAAGUUCCAGCAGUUAUCACAAAUGCAAGCUCGUGAUUUCUUGGAUGAUGAUGAUGAAGAAUCCUUUGUUCGUCACGUUGCCCAUAAUGAUGAUGAUGCUCAUCGUUGAGUAUAGGUGACGGAGAAAUGUACGCCAGCACGAUCAGUUUUGUGGAAGGGGGUAAUGGGGCUGCUGAUUCAAGGUUCUGAUGGGGAAUGUAAGCUUGUAACUUCGAAAAUAUUAGAUGAUCCUUAUCGCAGAAUCUGUUUAGUGAAUCCACUUUUGCAAAACCCCACCAAUAUUUUUCAGUUUAAUGUAGGAUUUACAUUUACAUGUACUGUUAUACUUAGCUGUGGAAAGAUCAGUUGGAAUCCAUGGAAGAACACUUAGUGGUAUUGGGCCUAUAAUCUAUUGGUACAAGUAGCAGUGGCAAAACCAGAAAUUCUACAUAUUGGACAAGAAGAUGAUUCAUAUGCAAGGACAUUUCUGUUUAGAAAUUCUAUAUUUGUACUACCAUUCAAAAUACCAAAUUUUUAUGAGAAAUGCAUUGUUAACAGAGUUGGGCA